AUGCACGCUGGCUGGACGACCUCAACCAUCCGUAACGACAUAGCCAUGAUUCGUUUGCCCCAGGCCGUUCAGUUCUCAAAUACAAUUUCUCCAGCAGCUUUGCCUUCCGGAUCAGAAAUUUUUGAAAGUUUCGCUGGAGAGUCUGCAGUUGCUUCUGGUUUUGGAUUCCUUGGUGAUGGUUCAGACGCUGUUAUUUCACCGAACCAGUUUUUGAGUGCUGUAACAUUACCUGUGAUGACAAAUGAAAAUUGUCGACUCUUCUUCCCCAACCACGUGGUCGAUGGUAACAUUUGUACCAGCGGUGCUGGUAGUAAAAACGUUUGCCGAGGUGACUCCGGAGGACCACUUGUUGUUAAUAGGAAUAACAAGAGAAUAUUGGUUGGUAUCACCUCUUUCGGUGCGAGAGGCUGCACUUGGGGCUUCCCGGCCGCUUUCGCCAGAGUGACAUAUUUCUUGGACUUCAUCAACAACAAUAUGUAA